AUGGGUUCGCCCCCACCUACCACAUCUGCUCCUCCAGAUGUCCUUCAUGUUCCUAUACCCCGGAGAGGCGUUGAUUAUAGGGGCAAGGUCGUCCUUGCUCCUAUGGUACGAUCGGGAGAAUUGCCCUCGCGAUUGCUGGCAUUGAAGUAUGGGGCAGAUCUGGUUUGGGGACCAGAAACAGUUGACAGAUCCAUGAUCGGCACCACACAAAAAACAAAUCCUCGAACGGGCUGUAUAGAAUGGACGCGGAUUUCCUCCAACAACAAUGCGAAGGCCGAUGUGCCGGCUAAAGAGUCCAUCAUAUACCGGAUCGACCCUAAAAAAGAGUCAGACAAGUUGAUUUACCAAAUCGGUACUGCUUCGCCUGACUAUGCGGUCCAAGCAGCAACACUCGUGGCGCCGUACGUCCGGGGAAUCGAUGUCAACGCUGGCUGUCCAAAGCCUUUUUCAACGUCUGGGGGCAUGGGGGCGGCACUCCUACGAACCCCCGACCUCCUCUGCAACAUACUGACGGCACUUGUCACCAAAGUUGGAAUUCCUCACGAGAUCGGGAUCAGUGUGAAGAUAAGGUUGCUUGAAACUCCAGAGUUGACGUCCGAAUUGGUGAACAAGCUCUGCAAAACAGGCAUUGUGGGCUUAACAAUUCACUGCAGAACAACUCCUAUGAGGCCGAGGGAACGCGCCAUUAGAGAUCAACUGCGUAUGAUUGGAGACAUCUGCAGGAGUCAUGGUGUGGCGUGUUUGAUGAACGGUGAUGUAAGAUCGCGAGACGAUGGUCUGGCGCUUGCAAAAGAGUAUGGCGUUGACGGAGCAAUGAUUGCCACAGCUGCAGAGGCUAAUUCUUCUGUAUUCCGUCCAAAAGACCAGGGUGGGCUGGCACCCUGGCAGGAAGUUGUCAGGGAGUAUCUCCAGCUGGCGUUGAGUGUCGAAAACAAAUUUGGCAACACGAAGUUCCUCCUAUCUCAGUUGAUUCCAGGGAAGAACCCCGUCUAUCAACCAGUACAGAUGUCCCGCAGUUACAGCGGUGUGCUGGAAAUCCUGGAAAUUUCCGAUCAAGAGAUGGUGGAGAAAGCAAAGGAAAUUGAUGCCAUCCUCAAUCUCGAUGCUUCUACGGUCCGGAAGGCGGAUAUCAAGCGUCAGAACAAACAGCAGCACAAGCAGGAUGUGCAGAAGAAACAGGAAAAGAAGAGGACAUUGGAAUCCACAAAUAAUCAACAGGGAAAGGAUGAUAGUCCAAGUCACGAGCGCACAAAAAAACAAAAGGCUGAAAUAGCUGCUGAAAAUUGCGGCUUCGAUGGUGUUGGACAGGGAGCCAUGGCAGUUGCAGUCUGA